GCCCUCGCCGCCUCCUUCCUUCCGGCAGGCUCUGAGAAAGGAAGCGGAUCUUCUGUCUUGCCCAGAGGCCGAGCAUCGCCGGCCAACUUCCUCCUGAGCUCCCGCCAGCUCUCCCACCGCAAAGGCUUUUGAAGCUUCUCGCGUUCCCUGCACGCACCCGGGGAUGGACUGGUCCUUCACUCUGGAAGGCAAGGGUUCAGGCCAACGCGACUGAGGACCCGGGGGCAGCCGGGAGGGAACUCGGGCGGGCAGGAGGCCAGGGUGGGGCGGGGAGCGCGCCCGGAGAAGCCCGGGACCUCCGCGACGAGACCCGGAGUCGCGGAUGGGGAGCGGCCGGGGCUCGGCCCGGAAGUCCAGGAACGCUGGAGGGGCCCCGGAGUGGGCGGAGGUGCCGCAGGAAGCGCCCCGGGCCGGGCCUGGCCGGGCCGGUAGGGCGGGGGGCGCGGUGGAGGGGAGGGACGGGGCGGCGCCGGGCUGGGCGACUGGACCAGGUCCCCUCGCCCUGGAGGCCCAGGGGGCGGGGAGUUGCGAGGAGGCGACCGGGACCCACAGGCCUUCAGAUCCCGGGACCGCCCUCUCCCGCUCCAGAGCUGGCGGCGGCGGGUGGCAACGACGGCUGGAGCCGCAGCGGCAGCAUGAGAGCCGGCGCCGGGGCAGCACGGCCGCGGACGCGCGGCGGACAUCAGCGGCCCUGCCCGCGCUCGCCAUGGGCGCGCUGUGGGGUCGGCGGCGCCGCCAGCGCGGAGGCCAGGGACAGCCCGCGGCCGUCUUGGCGUCGGUGGCCGCCGGCCUAGUGUGUACCGCCCUGGCCGCCUACGCCUGCUGGAACCAGCUGCCGCCGCUGACCCCGGCCGCUUCCGCCCCGCGGCGGCCGGUGCGGCCGGUGAGCGUGCUGCUGUGGUGGGAGCCCUUCGGGGGCGGCCGCAGCGCCACCAGGCGCCCCCCCGACUGCCGGCUGCGCUUCAACAUCAGCGGCUGCCGGCUGCUCACCGAUCGCGCGGCCUACGGGGAAGCCCAGGCGGUGCUUUUCCACCACCGAGACCUGGUGAGGGGACCCCCGGACUGGCCCCCGCCCUGGGGCGUCCACGUGCGCCUGACGGAGAAUCAGCAGCUGCUGACGUUGGACGACGAGGAGGAAGCUGCGGAGGCAGCCGUAGCCCUGGCCGCCUCGGGUCCCAGGCCCCCCGGCCAGCGCUGGGUGUGGAUGAACUUCGAGUCGCCCUCCCACUCUCCCGGGCUGCGAAGCCUGGCCGGGAACCUCUUCAACUGGACACUCUCCUACCGGGUCGACUCGGACAUCUUCGUACCUUACGGCUACCUCUACCCCCGCACCCAUCCCAGCGAUCAACCGCCGGGCCUGGUCCCGCCGCUGGCCCAGAAGCAGGGGCUGGUGGCCUGGGUAGUGAGCAACUGGGAUGAGCGCCAGGCUCGGGUCCGCUACUACCGCCAGCUGAGCCAGCACGUGGCCGUGGACGUGUUCGGAAAGGACGGGCCCGGGCAGCCGGUGCCUGAGAUUGGGCUCCUGCAGACAGUGGCCCGCUACAAGUUCUACCUGGCCUUCGAGAACUCGCAGCACCUGGAUUAUAUCACCGAGAAGCUGUGGCGCAACGCCUUCCUGGCCGGGGCUGUGCCCGUGGUGCUGGGCCCCGACCGUGCCAAUUAUGAGCGCUUCGUACCCCGCGGUGCCUUCAUCCACGUGGACGACUUCCCUAGUGCCUCCUCCCUGGCCGCCUACCUGCAAUUCCUCGACCGAAACCCCUCUGCCUACCGCCGCUACUUCAGCUGGCGCCGGAGUCACGCUGUGCACAUCACCUCCUUCUGGGAUGAGCCUUGGUGCCGGGCCUGCCAGGCUGUGCAGACGGCUGGGGACCAGCCCAAGAGCAUCCGUAAUUUGGCUGGCUGGUUUGAGCGGUGAAGUCAUCCUCCCCUGGGUAGAACCCAGGGAGGCCAAAUCGUCAUCUUUUGGAUCCUCUUGCUGUGCGACUCCUUGACUGCCGAAUCAUGGGACUAAAUUUUCCAAACAUCCAUUUUUAAUCUAUGGAAACAAGUUGAUUUACCAAUUACUAAUAUUCAGCAAAGCGACUGGGUGGGAAGGAUGCUGGGGGCUCAUGCUUUUUUGCACAAAUGGCUGUGGGGCUCCCUCUGUUGUCCAAGAGCAUCCGUGCUCUGGGUUGAGGAAGGGAGUCCUUUCUCACCUAGUACCCAGGGCAGAGGGAGAGAAAUAGCUUAACUACAAAAAAAACCAUUCAGUUGCUCUGAAUUUCCUCAUCAGCGGCAGGCCAUAUUUGUGGCCUGUGCUGAGUGUCACACACUGCUCCUCGAUUCACGUAUCACUGGGCCAAAUGCAGCAAACCCUGAUUUUAGAAAGAGCCUUGUCGCAGGGUAGUAAAAGCCCUGUCUCCUAAGAAAGGUGAGGAGGGUGAUCCAAGAAUCCAUUGCCUUCCUUAACAAGUACUGUGUUUUCCUUGCUUCAUAAAUGGAAACAGGAUGCUGGAUUGUCCUUGGAGAAGAGUUAAGAUGAAUAGUUGGUGUACCUCACUUUACACAAAGGUAUUCCUGAGAAGCCGCUUUUAAAUCAAACUCACUGCUUUAGGAGAGCUCAGUAUUUAAUAGAACCUAUGGAGAAUCCGUUUACAGUGUGAAUAAUCAUCUCCUGACUUACUUCUUCUGUGUCUCUGUUUUUCUAUAACUUGGAUUUUUUUUAAAGCAUAUUAAAAUUACAGAUGUGAAAAUAAAGUAGAAGCAACCUUCUCCCUUCUUCCCAGAAAAUCAGCCUGUGUUUACAAACAGAAGAGAAGGAAGCCAUAAUGUCACUUUCCACAAAGUUAUUUAUUUUGUGUCUUUCCUGGAGCUGAAAUUUAAACUGGAAUGUCAGUCCCCACCCCACUUCACGCCCUCCGGAGCUGUUGGCAUUACCUGUCUGCAGAACAGUGAAAUUGUCCUGCCCUUAGGGAACCUUGCAAAAGGAAAAAGUUUCAUGGUGUCUGUUAAUGGCAGUUACUGUUUGUGUGUCACUUUUUAGUUAAAUAUUUAGUUGCUAGGAAACAGAACUAAAUUAGUGCCUGCAGUAAAGCUUUAUCUUUUGUUAAAGAAAUGGGAAAUUUUCUCUGAGGCCAUCAGGUUCCCCUCCUCAUCUGCCUAGCAGUACAGUAAGUAUAUCCUCCCAUUUCUCCUGCCCUUAAGUCUGUGCUAUGAGGCCAACUUUGAAAAUAUAUGUAUUGACUUUAAAAGCUUUUGAACAAGCAGCAUAUUAGGUUUCCCCACGUGCCUUCACUGUGCCAAACGCUGAGCUUGGGGUGCCAGGAAAGACCCCAAGGCAAGGUCCCUCUCUUUAAGGCUCUUACAAUCUACCACUGUCAAAAAAUAAGUAGUAAUUUUGGUAAAUCAGUUGGCAGAACUUAUUUGUUUAAAACGACUUACUUAACAGUACCAUAAAUCAGUUAUUAGAAAGCCAGUUGAUUUAAAGCUUGAAAUAAUUUUUCCCUUGAUUUAUUAUAAUAAACACCCUCAGUGACUUAUUGGGGGUAAGGCCCAAGAUUAAUUAAGUUUAUAAAGAGUUCUGCUGUAAAUAGUAAUUGUGCAUUUGAUUAGUACAAUUAGCUGAAUCAUAAAGUUUUAUUUCUAUGCAUUUGUUGCCAACUCAAAAAGCUGUCUAAAAUCUAGGUGCUUCAAUUCUCCUUUUUCCUUAAAAGGAGAAAUGAAAAUCCCUGGAUAAAAUAUCCUUAUUAAAAUAGUACGGGCAGAAUUAUAAUAUCCAAGUAGCAGGCGUCCAAUAAAGAAGAAGGAAAAAUCCUAUUCUUCAAAUAAGCCUUUUAUGACCUAUUGGCCAGCGAUCUUGGUGUUAUUGGGAAUCUAGGUGGGACAGUGUGGGACAGUUUGGGUCAAAUUGAAGAUAAUCUGGCUUCGAUUUGAAUCCCAGCCAUGUGACCUCAGGCAUAUUAGUAAUAACCUUGAGCCUCAGCUUUCUUAUCCGUAAAAUGGAGCAGGAAACUACUUCACAACGGUUUUCAGAAUUUCAAGAAGUCACAAGGUGCUUAACACAUGGUGGGGAAUCAAUCAGUGAGAGAGACAUAUCUUUCCCCCUUCUUUCCUUGCAGUGAUUUCAUGCCUCUAUAUCCAAUUAUAUGGAUUAUAAAAUUAAGUCUCAAGAUAUGUUGCAGAAUAUAUCUGAAAUAAAAAGGAAGGGGCCUAAUAUCGUGUAUUUCAAAUGAAUCCCGAAAGCUAAGCCGUAUGGUUUUAAGAAUCAUCAUUGCCAUUUAGAUUGAGAUGGAAUUUGCAGACUAGGAAGAAGCAGUGAGGCUUUCUUUGAAAAAAAAAUUGGAGUUUUGGUUAAGUGAUAUAGUUAAUUAAAUAACUGUUGUUUUACUAAGGCUUUCCUUAGUAUUAAGCCUAUUUAAAACUAACCACAUAUGUGGUUAUUGAAUACUGAGCAUGAGGAGGGUAUAAUCGAAUCUUUUUAAUGUGGAAAUUUUGAGGACAAAAUUUAAGGACCAAAACUUUUUUUAGGCUAAUCUCAUCAAAGAGUAAGAGAAAUAUGGCAAUUGUUCAUUUUAUGUUAUUCUGUUUUUCAAAUUCUAAAUUGAAUAGAUUAAAAAUUCACAUAUAUGAAUAUAAAAAUACAUAUGAUGCAUCACAUGUAUUUCAGAAAUGGCUUUCAUAAAUUUUUCUUUCAACUGUAUUACAAAUUUAAUAUUUUUAGUGCUUGAUGACUAAUUACACGAGUGCACCUGGACUGAUGUCUGCAUCAGGAGGACAGUCUGACUUGCUUUCAGUAUUCACAGGUCGUUUUCAGUUUCCAAGCCCUUCCCUAGCAGUAAUUUAGAGACUGGGUGGCUUCAUGGAAAGAGCUUGCAAUUUGGAGUCAAAACCUGGGUAUGUGGUUCUGCCACUUUCUGCUCCUGUAGCCCUGAUCAGGCAAAUUACUUAAGCUAGCUUCCUCCUUUAUAAUGCAUGAAUGCGCCUGCAAAACAAGGAUUAAAUGUGAUGAUGUCUGCCAAGGUGCUUUGUACACUGUAAAGUGCUGUAGAGUUACAGGAUGCUCUAAAUUUUCAAAGCUCGAGAGCAAGGAUCAGCACAGUUUUUCUGUAAAGGGCUGGAGAGGAAAAAUUUCAGGCUUUGCCAGCCAUACAAUCUCUGUGGCCACGAUCUAACUCUGCUGUCUGCAAAAACAGCAAUUGACUACGUGCAAACAAAGGCCAUGCUUGGGUUUGGUCCAUGGGUCAUAGCUUGUUAACGCUGCCCUAGACUUUUGGAGGUAGAAGGAAUUUGAGUACCUACCUGAUGGGGGUUUCUUAGAAGGGAUUUAAGAAUUGGAAUUUAAGAAUUGGAAUUUGAGAAUUUUGGAGGCAUUUAUUCCUGGGUUGCUAGACCAGCUUUGCAACAUUUCCUAAUUGUCUUAUCUUGGGCAAAUUAUUUAAGUUUUCUGUGUUUUCAUAGUCCCAUCUCUAAUUGAAGGUAAUCAUAUAUAAUUUAUAGAGGUGUUGGGAGAAUUAAAAAAGACACUAAGUCCUCGGGACAGGGGGUUGGGUAUAGCUUAGUGGUAGCUUGCACAAGGUUCUGGGCUCAAUCCCAGUACCUCCAUUUAAAAAAAAAAAAUGCGCUCAGGACAGUGUGGGGCAUAUA